GCUUCCAGUGGUCGGGCUGCUCUGACAACAUUGCCUACGGCGUGGCCUUCUCACAGUCCUUCGUCGACGUCCGUGAGAGGAGCAAAGGGGCCUCCUCCAACAGAGCGUUAAUGAACCUCCACAACAACGAGGCAGGGAGGAAGGCGAUCCUCAACAACAUGCGGGUGGAGUGCAAGUGCCACGGCGUGUCGGGCUCGUGUGAGUUCAAGACGUGCUGGAAAGCCAUGCCCCCCUUCCGCAAAGUGGGCAACGUCCUCAAGGAGAAAUUCGACGGCGCCACGGAGGUCGAGCAGAGCGAGAUCGGAUCCACCAAAGUGCUGGUGCCCAAGAACUCCCAGUUCAAGCCGCACACGGACGAGGACCUCGUCUACCUGGACUCCAGUCCCGAUUUCUGUGACCACGACCUCAAGAACGGGGUGCUGGGCACCAGCGGCCGGCAGUGCAACAAGACCUCCAAGGCCAUCGACGGCUGCGAGCUGAUGUGCUGCGGCCGGGGCUUUCACACGGACGAGGUGGAGGUUGUGGAAAGGUGCAGCUGCAAAUUCCACUGGUGCUGCUCCGUCAAGUGCAAACCCUGCCAUCGGGUGGUGGAGAUCCACACGUGCCGGUGAUGCCCGGAGGGGAGCACCCGUCCCUCGCCCUCUCUAACUGACCCUGCUUCUCCCUUGCCCCACAGCCAGGACUGAGGAAGGAACCCAGACGCUGCAGGGAGAGCGCAGCUCUUUACAGAGACAGAGCCCCAGAGGAAAACAGAUUUUAAAAGAAAAAAGAAAUAUUUAAAGUUGAA